AUGCCAGUUACCAAGGUUCAGCCAUUUAUGCAUGAGGAUGAUUUGGUGAAAGGCUGGAAGAAAACACUACUGGCCCAUCGCAAGGGAUUGAUAAUUGCCACGUGUAUCAUAGUGGUUUUUGCUCUUGCUCUUGGUAUUGGCCUUGGAGUGGGUCUAAGCUGUAUUGGUAGGUUUCGCUGUGGCUUUUCCUCCCAGUGCAUCAGAAGCUCAGCACAAUGUGACGGGGAGGUGCAAUGUGACAAUGGAGAGGACGAGCUUGGCUGUGUGCGUCUUAGUGGGCGGAGUUCAGUCCUGCAGGUCCAGAAAGCAGGUGUUUGGAAGACAGUCUGCUCAGAGGAUUGGAAUAACUGGCUGGGGCUCUCUGCCUGCAAGCAAUUGGGAUAUACAAGUUAUAUCGAGUCAUUCUUCAUCUCCCUGACCUCCAUUGAGCAGGACCUACAGUACAAUCUGAUGUCCAUCAAUCUGAGCAAAACACAAGUCGUUAAGCUUCAAAACACAACAACCUUCAGUAAAACCCAGUGCAGUUCAGGAAAAGUGACAACGCUAAAAUGUCUGGAGUGUGGCUCCAGGCCCAAAUACUCGACUCGCAUAGUUGGUGGGAACAUCUCCAGGCCAGGUCAGUUUCCCUGGCUGGUUAGCCUUCAGCAGUGGAUCAGCAAUGAACACCUCUGUGGUGGUUCUAUCAUAACGUCACGUUGGAUUCUCACAGCAGCACACUGUGUGUAUGGAUUUGCAGACCCUUCCUUGUGGGUUGUCCAUGUGGGAGAGGUAGAACAACCAGUCCAUGGUGCCGAGUCACUUGCAGUGGAGCAGAUCAUAUACCAUGCUCGCUAUCACCCCAAAGGAUUGGAUUAUGAUAUUGCACUCAUGAAACUGACCAAACCCCUUGUAUUCAAUGGAUUUGUGGAGCCCAUCUGCUUGCCUAAUUAUGGGGAAGAAUUUGACGAGGGCACUAUGUGCUGGAUCUCUGGAUGGGGAGCAACUGAGGAAAAAGGAGAGACCAGUGUGGUUUCACGUUCCGCCAUGGUGCCCAUACUCUCCACAAAGACCUGUAAUCAGCCACAGGUUUACCAGGGCUUUAUCUCACCCUGGAUGAUUUGUGCAGGAUACUUGGAAGGAGGAACCGAUUCUUGUCAGGGGGACAGUGGAGGUCCUCUUGCCUGUGAGGACUCAUCUAAAUGGAAGUUGGUUGGGGCAACGAGCUGGGGGAUUGGCUGCGCUGUAAAAAACAAGCCAGGGGUGUACACCAGGAUCACACAGUCACUUAACUGGAUCCGGCAACAAAUGGAGAGGGAAGACGCUCUUAAUUCAUCAAGUAUAAACUGA